UCUGUGUUCUAGUGUUCUAUUGUUUUAUUCAUCCGUUCGUGAAAAAUUUAGAUCAGAUAUUCGAAACUAUCGUGUGACGUGUUUACCGCGUCUUAAUUAUAUCCGUUUCGUUACCGGCAGCCGGCGGAACAGUACAGUUACGCAGUUACAUGUCAAACCGAUUGCGAACACGUGCCAAAAGUAUUUGUGUCGUUAAUUACGACUCGUAAUUGACUAAAAAGUUUGCUCACGAUGGUACGUUUAGACGAAGACAUGUCAGAUCCAUUUGAAAUAAUUGUGGGAACAUACGAGCAAUACUUACUUGGCUACAAAGUCAACAAUAUCGUUAACGAAUACAAAGUGGACAGGACCUUUGCGACGCAUAGCCAUGUCGCCAGUGUACGUAGUAUCGCGACUAAUAAACAUUAUUUGGCUUCAGGUGGAGCAGACGAUUCCAUCUGUUUAUACGAUAUGCGUUACAGAACGGAGUCUGGUAAAUUAGUCCAUCACAAUGAUACCGUAAAUUGCAUUACGUUUACUCCUGAUGCAUCUCAUAUGUUUACAUGCAGCAACGAUGGCACUAUAGCUGCCAUUCAUUGUGGCAAUUGGCAAAUGGAGAAACAUUGGCUAAAACCUCAUAAAGGUUUAGCUGUAAAUACGUUUGCUAUUCAUCCUACUGGUAAAAUAGCACUGUCCACUGGAGCCGAUGGUAUACUUAGAACUUGGAACCUAGUAAAAGGGAGACAAGCAUACGCCACAAAUUUGGUGCCCAGACUAAAGCUAGAUGCUCGCAAUGUUACCGUUUUAAAAUGGAGUCCAAACGGCGAAAAAUACUUGUUGGCUGCUAACCAAAGAAUAGAUGUGUAUUCUGUACAAUUCGCUGGUAUCGACAGCGAAAUUCAGUUUGACUCGAAGAUUGUAUGCGUGGAAUUUUUAAGAGACAAUUUAAUCGCCGUUGGGUUAGAGAAUGGUCGGAUCAAAUUUUACGAUCUCGAAAAAUCCGUGCAAACUAUAGACGCGAUAGCGCACGACAUUAGAGUUAAAUGUAUGGCUUUUAAGGACGACUUGUUAGUUACCGCUUCCAGUUCCGGCGAAAUUAAAGUUUGGAGAUACAAUAAACAUAAAUUACACAUAUUACAAAGCGUUAAUUGUGGCGCUAGAAUCACUUGCUUGACUCUCGCGAUGCCAUAUAAAAAUCUUAACUACGACGAAGAAGUGAAGUCCGAAGAGGAAGAAGAAGUAAUACAGGAAAAGAAAUUUCGACUUCGCCAUGAGGUCGUCAUCGAAAAAGAAGGUGAUUGGGAGAUAACACCGGUCAACGAUCCCCAACUAUCGAUGGGAAAGAAAUCGAAGAAAAAAAGACGGAUGGAAGAAGUACAAGUCUCAAACGUUCCAGAUAAGAAAAAGUCCAAAACGAUUUUGAAGAAGAAGAAACGAGAGGAAGAUGUAGUCGAAACCAUCCCAAAGAAAAAGAAGAAAUCGUCGUACGAGGAAGAUACGAAUGACAAUCCUAAAAAAAAGAGAAAGAGAAGCGCUGUAACUUUAGAAAGCGAGCACAAUCAACCCUGUGAUAAUGUUUCGGAGGCGGAUAAUGUAAUUGUUAAGAUACCGAAAAAGAAAAUAAAACGAUUGGAAAGAAACGACGGAGUCCGUCCCAAAAAGAAAAAAAAGAAAGCAACUCUUAACGAACCUGACGCAAUUCCGACGAAGAAGAAGAAGCAUUGAAGCUAGACAAUUAUAACACUGAGUUACACGCUAGUACCUACGAAUCAGUCUUAAUGUAACUUUACCGCUACAGCUGUAACGUGUACACGGAUGAUCACCGAAAUCAACAAAAGUUUGUUUGAGUUUUUUACGCGCGGCGUUCAUUCGCGUAAUUUACCACAAUAU